GAUCGUUAAGUUCCCAACAUGCGAGUUUUAAAAAUGUAUUCUUUUCCUGCUACUAAACAGUAGACGGUUUUUCGCCAGACGCUCCACUUGUAGUCAAAUUUGUAAAAUGGAAUUGAACAAGAUCGUUAUUGGCACACUUCUACUUUGGAAGCAAUUGUUUGGUAUAAUUGCUGAACAGGUGGAUGUAAUUGACUUUGUAGGUUACACAAAUUAUGCGGCAGUCAAAUCAGAUAAAGACUGUGACAUUAUCAAUGCAGUGAUUCAUCCUGACAUAACUGAAGAAUUAUAUAUUGGCAUAGCACUGUCCCCAUUGUAUGGGAGCCGCUACGAUGAGACGCCGGAAGCUAGAACGGAAUUCACAGAGGAAAACAGAGCAGAAACAAUUGCAAGUACACUUUUCCCUUCAAACACUAAGGCCUGGUAUAAGGAUGAGGCAGAUUCGUACAAUUCGUUUCGAAUUAGAAUAGACAAACACUGUGAUAUUUGGGAUCGCGUUGGUGUUUUCUACACUAAAGCUGUUUUAGACGGAUUUAGAACAGCAAUCGCGACGCUGCCAUUACUCAGUGAUGAAGCUCAUGUUCAACCUAGAGACAGAGUGGUAACGGUCAGUGUUGGAGACUCAACUGUGACGUUAACUGUCGAAACUGAUGAAUUCAGCCUCAGAUGGAGAAAAGAUGGCGGAUCAGAAAUAGAGGAAUGGAACGAUCUGAGCUCAGUAACGAUCAACAACGUGCGAUUAGCCGAUGCUGGAAUAUAUGAGUGUUACGUCACCGGUACACGAGCAGAGGCAAAGCAUGCUUUCAUUGUUCUCCAUGUUAGAACAUGUCCUGCUUCUAGAUGGUCUCCACCGUUGUGUUUAUCGUGGUGCCCAGUAUGCUACAACGGUGGUGUUUGUGACGUGGACUUUGGUAUAUGCUUAUGUACCACUGGUUUUAAAGGUGAUAACUGUGAGAUAUGUGAGUAUCCGAAUUGUAUAGUACUUCAUGGCUUAGUCAAACAUGGAAUCAGUACUACUGAUCAACCUACUGAAAAGAAACUUUGGUCCAGACCCAGACGAUUACCUUUAAGUAACAAUUGAUCAAUUUUGUAUAAAUUAUAUUAUAUUAAUUAUAUUAAAUUAUACAUUAUAAAUGUUGCUAUACGAACCAAUACUACCAAAACGUUAAAAGACAUGAAGGAAUUACUUUCUUCCAAAGCAAUAUCUGGAGCUUUUCUUUCAGGUUUAUUGUAGUUAAUUUUCCUUGUUUUUUGCUAUUCGGCAUUUUAUAUGAUUUAUCUUUUUUUACUACCAAAAAUUCAAUUCAAAAGUAGCAUGUAUUUCCUUCAAAACGUGAAUUACAAUCUUCAUUGAAAUUUAACAAAUAAAUUUUAAAUGAUGAUAAUAAUAAUGGUAAUAGAGUAUUUCAAUAGAUGAAAAAUUAUUAUAAAAAAUACAUACAUAUUUGGAAUUAUAAGGGAAAAAAUUAAAGCUACUGUUAAAUAGUAAAAUAUAAAUUAACAUAUGAAAAAUGAUUUAAACAAUAUUAUUAUUGAUUAAAUAAUGUUUCACUUUAGAAAUGAAGAUUUUUUUGGAUGGUGAAUCAGUGAGGUUUAGAGGGACCGAAUUCCAUAUCUUAGGUUCAGUGUAGCUAAUAUUAUGUUGAAAUGAAGUUUUUUUUGUGUUUGGGAAUGUGGAGUUUAUUUGAGAUCCUGGUACUAUAGUCAUGUUAUUCGUUAUUAGGUGCAAAUAUAGAACAUAAAUGAGAUGGAAGAAUGGAGUUUAAACUUUUAUGUACAAAAGAACAUUUUUGAAGUGUAUUAAGACCUUUAAGUUUUAAUAGUUUUAGAGAAGGAAAUAAGGGAUCAGUACUAGUUCUUGGUGGGACGCCAGUUUAUUAAGAUUAGAUGGAAAUGUGUUACACCAUGACAAGUAUGGAAGAACAAGGGAACAACAGAGAGUGCGGAGAAUAUUAUUGGGAAGAAAUGAUGCCAGUCUAUAUAUUAUACCAAUAUUUUUUGCAAUUUUAUUUUCAAUUUC